CUUGUGGAUCCGAUUGGCGCUCCCGUUCAUUGCUUGGCCACCACCACCAACGUGAAGAGAAAGCGAAGCGACGAAGUAGACACAAAGAUGGCAUCGGCACCACAACCUCUCGUCUUGGCCGCGCACGGCUACGACGCCCUCAAGUGUGUCAUCACCUUGAAUGAAACCCAGACGCCGUUCACGCUCAAAGUGAACAGCACCACCGCCUCCCUCACGAUCCCUUCGACCAGCCAGACUUUGUCUGGGGCGAACGUGAUUGCCCGUUACGUCGCGCUUGCCGCGGGAGCGUUGUCCGCCGACGACUUGGCUGUCGAUGAAUGGCUCGAAUGGGAAAAGUAUGUGUUGCGUGUCACGUUGGACAAAACCGCUUUGGCGACCCUCAUCGACGCCAAGAUCAAGUCGGCGACGUUCGCCGUGGGUUCAACAUUGACGCUGGCCGACGUCGUCCUCGGCGUGGCAUUGCGCAAGUCGCUGGAAUGGCUUCCCCAGGCGUCGUACCCGCUUGUGACCGCGCGUUCGUACGUGGCGUCUCUCUUCCAGCGUCCUGUGUUUGCCUCCGCGUUGACGGCAGUGGUUCCGGAGGUGGCAUCCGCUCCGUCAUCCUUUCGAAAGAGCCAGGCCACGGCCGCUCAACUGCAGGGCAAAACGUACGACCAUGUGUUGGGCUUGAUCGAAGCGCUGUUCAUCGAAGCAGUGGACACGGCGUUCCCGGGUAUGUUGGACCGCCUGCAGUUCCGCGUCGAAGUGUCGCGGACAAAGAUUUCCAAAUUUGGCGACUACCAGUGCACGUCGUCCAUGUCGAUCUUCACGGCGUUGAAGGGGUCCCCGAACGCCCCCGGCUCGCCCCGCGACGUCGCGCUCGCGAUCAUCGCUUCGAUGCCUUCGAACCCCGUCGUGGAGAAGCUGUCGGUGGCUGGCCCUGGCUUUAUCAAUGCGUUUCUGACCACUCCGUUUGUCGCGAAUCGGUUGGAGCUGCUGCUACAGCAAGGCGUCCAAGCAUCACCGUCCAAAAAGCAAAAGGUAGUUGUGGACUUUAGCUCGCCCAACACGGCCAAGGACAUGCACGUGGGGCAUCUUCGGUCGACAAUCAUCGGCGACGCUAUGUGUCGCAUCCUCGAGUUUCAAGGCCACGAAGUGCUGCGCAUCAACCACGUUGGCGACUGGGGCACCCAGUUUGGGAUGCUCAUCACGCACUUGACCGAGGCCUUCCCGACGUGGAAGGAUGAGAUGCCAGACAUCACCAACCUCACGCAACUGUACAAGAACGCCAAGCAGCGUUUUGACGAAGAUGAAGACUUUCACAAACGAUCCAAGGAUGGCGUGGUCAAAUUGCAAGCGGGGGACGCCGAGUCACUCAGCGCGUGGAAGAUUCUGUGCGACGUGAGCCGCAAAGAGUACCAAAAAGUGUACGAUCGGCUGGACGUGCGGCUGGACGAGAUGGGCGAGUCGUUUUACAACCCGAUCAUCCCCCGAGUGAUUGAUAUGGUGGACGCGCAGGGCAUCACCGAGGACAGCGACGGCGCCAAGGUUGUGUUUACGACUAAGUACAAGCAGCCAUUCAUGCUGGUCAAGAGCGAUGGGUCGUAUCUGUACGAUACGACCGACAUUGCCGCGCUGUGGUACCGUCUACACGAGCUCAAGGCGGACUGGAUCAUCAUUUACACCGACUACACGCAGCAAGACCACUUUGGCUUGCUGUUUGAAGUCGGCGCCAUGUCCAAGAUCCUCGAUCCGGCCAAGCACCGCGUCAACCACAUCGGGUUUGGCACUGUGAACGACGAAUCCGGCAAGCGGUUCAAGACCCGAUCCGGCGAAACCGUACGCCUCGUGGACCUCCUGGACGAGUCCAAGGUGCGCAUGAAGGCGUCGUUGUUGGAGCGCAUCGCGGCGGGCCAGACGACCCUCCCCGAAGCCGACGUCGACCACGCCGCCGAAUUGAUCGGGUACGGCGCCGUCAAGUACUUUGACUUGAUGCGGUCGCCCCAGUCCAACUACGUGUUCAACUACGACAAGAUGCUGUCGACCAACGGCAACACGGCCGUGUACCUCAUGUUUGCAUAUGCGCGGCUGUCGUCGAUUGUCCGCAAGUCUGGUGUCGACAUGGACGCGUUGGCCCAGCAGUCGGGCGUGCUCAAUGUAGCCGACCCGAACGAAGCCGCGCUCGCCGUGGAGCUGCUGCAGCUGCAAGACGUACUCGUGUUCAUCAACAAGGAACUUGCAACCAACUGGCUGUGCACGUACCUGUACACUUUGUCGGAAAAGGUCCAAGUGUUUGUGACCCAGUGCCGCGUGCUCGGCAGCCCCGAGCAAAACAGCCGACUGCUGCUCUGCCAAGCCACGCUCAAGAUCAUGUACACGUGCUUCAAGCUGUUGGGGAUCAACCCCCUGGAUCAAAUUUAAGCCCAUUUGUGAAUGGACGACAUGAGGAACUGGUAAUUAUAUGCCUUGAAUUCUGCCACCAUGUGAAACCUGUUUGAGUAUGAUUAUUCUACAACACUCAAUAAAGCAAUCCACAGUGCGC